AUGCCUUUUGGUUGGAUUUUUGAUGAAGCAUCGCCAGCCGAUCAGCUUAAGAAAGCAUUCACUGAGGAUGGGGAUUCAUCAGAUUCAUAUGGAUUGGGUGAUGUCAGUAGGAUUCAUGUUAAGACCAUGUUAGUAUACAACCCUCUUGCACCCGGAGUUCCUGUCAAUGGCAUGUUCAUCGCUACUUCUGUGAUGCUCACUCUGCUAAUAUCUCGAGGCUCACUAGAGUUGGCGUCUGCUUCACCAAAUGAAAGGUGGCGAGACAUCUUAUGGCUUAUAGAAUUAUUAGCAGCUGAGCAGCUCAUCACAACCCAACUCGAUUUGUUCAGAGAACCACGGAAUGCCCCAGGUCUCAUCGAAGGCCAGCAAGAUUGGUGUCUCUUCCCCUCAGGUAACAACAUGAUCACUGCCAUUCAAAACGACUCACAGGAAUUGCGUUUCUUUCUCAGAAUAUCUACCCAAAGCUGA